AUGGCAGGCACCUCAGAAAUUGGGAGAGGUAAAUGCGCGUUCGGUAGGUACCCGCCCGCCCUAUCGCUAGGGCAGAAUGGCAUUCUCGUCAAUUCAGAUGCGUAGGACAGGGCAGAGCAAGUUCAGAGAAAGCGCGGGAUACUCGGCCGCGAAAGAAGAUCGCGCCAACUUUUCGCUCUGGCCACCCAGAUUCUCGGGGAAGGAGCCUCGUCCGUCUCCAAUGGUCGUCGACCUACGCGGUCUCGGUGGCGCCUUAAGAUCCGAGCCUAGCGAGUGCGCAGGAACAAGUGGAAGAAGAGAGGAGUGAGCGCAAACCUGCGGUAGGCGACGGGGACGAUGCCGGCGCGGUACUCCGCGAUCUUGAGGAACAUCGGCAUGGCCAAGUCGAAGUGAGGGCGCGGGGGAUUGCACCAGCCGCCGUUGUCCGAGGGAAGGGCGAAGUUCGGCGGGCAGAAGUUGGUGGCGGUGAUGAUAAUGGAGGGGCUGCCGCCGUGGCACCACCUGGGGUCGUCCGCGCACUUGAUCUCGAAGCAGGCCCCGCAGCUAAGGCCGUCGUUGAACAGAGCCGUGCUCAGUGCCGCCGUCUCCACGCCGUAUCCCUGGCUGUACAGGUUCCCGUAUCCACACGCCCCCCCUGA